AUGGAAGGUCUUGGUGUCGCCGCUAACGUCAUCGCCGUCGUCGAUCUCUCCGUCAAGGUCAUCGCAUGGCUGUCCGAGUACGCGCAGGAUGUCAAGAACUCCAAGCCCGAGCGAGCGAGACUGCUGCAGGCGGCCACCCAGCUGAACUCGGUCUCACAACAUGUCCAACAAUUGCUACAGAGCCCACGCGGGGCGAAACUUCAUGCCUCAAGGAAGCUCGCCCAAGCAAUGGGCGACGGCAAGGCGCAGCUCUUCUGGCUGGAGGGAUUGCUGUCGAACCGCGGGCGAUUCAGCAGCUUCAUGUGGUCUUUCCAGAAAAAAAAGGUCGAAGAAGCGAUACUUGAGCUUGAGCGAUGCACGGGCAUCGUUCACAAUGUCCUUCAGGUGGACGUCGCAAUGGAGGUUGACCGACAGAGAGUAGCGAUUGACCGACUCCCCUUCGCCGACGGUGCUUCCUUUGACUCUCGAGCUGAACAACAUAACCCGACUUGCCUGCAAAAUACCCGAGUCGAACUCCUCAACCAUAUAAACAAUUGGAUCCAUGAUCCCAAUGGCAAAACAAUUUUCUGGCUGAAUGGCAUGGCGGGCACGGGAAAGUCCACCAUAUCGCGCACGAUCGCUCGUUCACUUGCCAGCCACGGUCUGCUUGGAGCCAAUUUCUUCUUCAAGAGAGGUGAGACAGAUCGAGGCAACUUGGCCAAGCUCUUCACCACGAUAGCACGUCAAUUGGCCCUCAGUCAGCCAGCACUGGGUCCAAAGAUCAAAGAGAGAUUCGAUUCUGACCCUACCAUUGUCGGAAAGGCGGCGCAAGUACAGUUCAAGACCCUCAUUCUCGACUCCUUCUCCGCUUGCGCCCACCUGUUCCGAGAUGGGACGCCGCUCGUCAUUGUGAUUGAUGCUCUAGACGAAUGCGAGCGAGACGAGGACAUCAAGCUCAUCAUCAAUCUCUUUUCGCAAACUCGAGAUGUUCAGCGUCCACGACUCCGAGUCUUUGUCACCAGUCGACCAGAACUGCCAGUGCGACUUGGCUUCAGUGCUGUCGAGGGCAGGUGGCAAGAUUGCAUCCUACACGAGAUCCCUCGUCGCGUCGUCGAGCGCGAUAUUUCUCUCUUUCUCCAAUACCAACUCAGCGAAAUUCGGGCAGGCUGGAAUUCUUCCGUCACCAAAAACCGUCAAUUACCACCAAAUUGGCCCAAGCCUACCGAGAUCCAGUCACUCACCGAAAGCGCAGUCCCUCUCUUCAUUUUUGCAGCAACCAUCUGCCGUUUCAUCGACGAUCGUAAACACGGCAGUCCUGCUCGACAGUUGGAAAAGGUGUUGCACCACCAGAACAGGAGAGGCGCUUCCAAGAUGCACAUCAUCUACUCACCCGUUCUGAGCCAGCAACUGGCCGAUGCAUCCGCCGAUGAGAGGCAACACAUCAUUGAAGAGUUUCGACGAGUCGUCGGUGCUAUCGUCACCCUCGCCAGUCCUCUCUCUACUAUCACGUUGUCACGACUCAUCGACAUCCCACAGAGCACAAUCGAUGACAGGCUCGACAUGCUUCACUCGGUUCUAAGCAUUCCGAAAUCCCCAGAUGCCCCAGUCAGGACACUGCACUUGUCCUUCAGGGAUUACCUCGUCGACACGGCGACUCGUGCUCAGAAUCCAUUCUGGAUUGAUGAAAAGGCUGUCUCAAGGGACUUGGCCAGACGAUCCUUCGGAUUGAUGCGAGAUCACCUCAAGCCUGACAUCUGCAGUGUUCAAAAUCCCGGAACUCGUCGCUCCGACAUGGAUCGUAAACUGAUCGAUGAGCGUUUGCCGGGCGUGGUGCAGUACGCAUGCCUGCACUGGGUGUACCAUCAGGAGUUGGCUGGCCUCGAGGAGGAGGAUAUUAUGCUUGUCUAUGACUUCUUAACUCACCACUUCCUUGUCUGGAUCGAGGCUUUGACCCUGAUUGACCGUGCGUGGCAAGUCUCGCAGCUGAUCACCAACUUGCAGACUGCCCUGAACGCCCAGCGGCUCUCAGAGUUUCUUGCUGACGCCAUGCGCUUCCUGGUUUCCAACGCCACCGGCAUAAAUCUCGCUCCGCUGCAGGUGUAUUCCUCUGCGCUUGUCUUUGCACCAAAGAACAGCCCCAUCAGGCAAGCCUUCAGGAGUCAGAUUCCUUCGUGGAUUACUCUGGUACCAUUAGUGGAGCCCGACUGGGACACUUGUUUGAGGGUGCUGGAAGGUCACCGAGGUCCAGUCAACGCCGUGGCCUUUUCAUUAGAUUCGUCAAUCCUUGUCUCAGCUUCUAUGGAUCGAGCUGUCCGAGUCUGGAACUGGGACACAGGAGAGUGCAUCUACGAACUCAAAGGCACCCGUGCUCCCAUUUGCGCCACGGCUCUGUCGCCAGAUGCAGAGGUUGUGGCGGCAGCGGCUAUCAAUGGAAUCAUCCGCAUCUGGAGUCUAGCAACAGGGGCUUGCGUACACGAGUUGAUGGCGGAUAACGGCGAGAUCUCCUCAAUGGCCUUUUCCGCCGACUCCAGGUUCUUAUCAGCGGUGUCGAGUGACAUGGCCAUAUACUCCUGGAGCCGGGAUACAGGAGCAUGCGUGCAAGAACUCAUGCCACCCGGCGGCAUGGUCCGAACUGUGGAAGUGGCUGCCUUCUCUCCCGAUUCGGAAACGAUAGCCACGGGCUCAGUCAAGAAAGUCCAGAUCUGGAGCUCCGCAACAGGCAGAUGCUUGUCCACUUUCGACAAUCUUCCGUCGGAUGUCAAAAGACUGGUCUUCUCGCCCGACUCGAAAUUUCUGGCCUUGGCUUUGCUUAACUCAACCAUCCAAAUCUGGAGCCUGUCUGAGAAUGCUUGCGUCAACAUCCUUCAAGGCCACUCAGGUCUCAUCAACUCGAUCCUUUUCUCCCCCGACGGCGCGGUUCUCGCAUCUUUCUCCAUGGACCAGACCAUCCGGAUUUGGGAUUGGAAGCGAAGUCGUCUGUUCAAGAUUAUGGAUCUCACUCAUGCGAUUCAUCAGCUUUCAUUCCUGCCCGGAGACAGAGGCCUCCUCACAAGUGUCGGAGAGUGUCCCCUCCCCUCAGACUUGCGAGGCUUGACCCAUAGCCGGCCUAACCAAGUUAUGCACUUCCGUCAAGAACUUAGAGUCGAUGUCAGGACAUGCUGGGUCAAGUGGCGAGACCAUGACAUACUCAAAUUACCGACCGACUGCCGAGACUGCCAAUACUCGGUGUUAGGGUACACUCUUGCUAUCGGGUGCAAAGCUGGCAGGGUCAUCAUUAUUAGGUUUGAUAGGAGGAUGCUUGAAAAUUUGCGGAUUGAGGCGCAGAUGCAGUAG